AUGGGCUGGAUUGACCGCGGGGCCUGCUUCUUCCCUGUGCCAGAAAGCGGGAGGAAGAGGAAGAGGGGCGAGCAUGAGCUGGGGGACGGGGCGUCGUCCGAGGUGGAUGAGAGGUCCGACGAGAGCAGCGACAUGGUGGAGUCCUCAAUCCAGCCUAAUCUCCUGCCACUCUCAAGCACUCCCCGUGCAGCAGGCCUGAUGUGUAGGCUGCCAUGGCAAGGCUACAUCCAUGCAUUCGAGAGCGGGAUGAAGAGGAAGAGAGGCGAGCCUGAGCUGGAGUACGGGGCCUCGUCCGGGGUGGAUGAGAGGUCCAACGAGAGCAGCGACAAGAUGCAGGGCCAGCUCCUAGCCACUGCGCGCGGCGCCGACGGGGGCAAUGCCAAGUUCGCGUGGUAUGGCGCUCCAUCGGUGGAUGUGGCCGCGGCGGCGGUGGAGCACGGGUUCGGCAGGAUGAACAACCGGGUCCUUUUCCAUCGCGCGCACGGCGACGACGUCCACCUCUCGCCGCCUCGGUCUCCUUAUGCCAGGUCAGGUCAGAGUUCUGAAUUUGUGGUUUUGAUCGAUGGCAAGCAUGAAUAUAGGCAUAUAGCUGUAGGAUAAUUUAUCAGACACAGUUACCAAUUCAGGAUCUGUUCCAAAUUGCAUUCAUAUUAUCCCUCCGUCCCAUAAUAUAAUUGAUUCCAUGUUAUUUUAGCCUUUGGUUUCUAUAUCUUGA